AUCCCAUCCAUCCAUCCACGGACCAGACCAGGCACCAACCCCAACGCCUCCUCCCACUCCGCACCUCGUCGAGAAAGCCAGAAAGGCUGGCCUUCGCGGGCACUGGAAACGAAGAAAGCGAGGAAUCUGAAGAAGAAAAAAGGCUUCUCUGUUCUCUGGAUCAACAUAGUAGCAGAAAGGAAAAAAAGGAUCCCGAUCACUCUCCACUCUCUUCCUUUUUCCCUCUCUCUCCUUCUCCCUCCUGCUUUACGCUCCUCCAUCAUCACCAAAUCAUACUCCGGUCUCCCCGCCGACAGCCAGCCUCGGAUCAUCCCCUCCUCCUCUCCGUCUUCCUCUUCCUCGCCCUCUCCUGCGCCGAUCGAUAAUCUCUCCUCGACUCCUCCGCCGCCGAGAGGAUAGCUAACCCGAGAGCGUUCCCCGACCCCUCGUCUCAGCCUGCGCGUUGACCGGCCGGCCCAGGGCGGCGGCGGCGGCGCAGAUCCCGAUGGGGUCGUUCAAGGGGCACGCGCUGCCGGGGACGCUGUUCCUGCUGGUGGGCGCGUGGCACGUCUGGUCCGCCGCCGCGCGCUACGCCUCUGCCGGCGGCCCGGCGGGGUUCCGCCUCCGCGUCUGGAACCCCGUCGACUUCCUCGGCGCCCCGCCGGCGCUGAGGCACCUGGAGCUCUACGUCGUCGCGGGCGGUGCCUUCCUCGACAUGUGCGUCGAGGUGCUCUACUCCACGCACCUCCGCAUCUUCGCGCCGGGGGGCGGGGUCAACCCGGCACACCUCAACGACCUCGAGCACGGCGGCAUGCUCCUCAUGUUCUUCCUCUUCGGCGCCCUCGCCCUACUCUCCCAGAAGACAAGGUACCUACCAUUGACGGAGGGCGCGUUGUGCCUGGUCGCAGCGACGGCAUUCACGGCAGAGCUCCUGCUCUUCUACUUCCACUCCACCACUCACCAGGGACUGGAGGGUUACUACCAUUACCUCCUGGUUGUCCUCAUCGGUCUCUGCGUCGUGUCCACUGUCCUCGGCGCACUCCUCCCGGAGAGCUUCCCUGUCGACCUUGCCAGCGGUGUGCUCAUCACCCUGCAAGGCCUGUGGUUCUACCAGACCGCUUUCACACUCUACGGGUCUAUGCUCCCCAAGGGGUGCCAGCGCGAUGCCGAUGCUAACAUUGAGUGCCAUGGCCAUGCUGCCGAGGAGCGAGCCGAGCAGCUUGCCAACUUCCAGUUCUUUGCGUAUGUCUUCCUCGUGUUCGCCUACACCCUUGGCUGCUAUGCUGUCGCCGCAGCGAAGUAUGGCCACCCGGACCUGAGGACGAUGCACGCCACCACAAUGGAGUGGCGAGACAAUGGCGCCAACGGGCAUGAGCUCGGCGGCAGCUCAGCACCGUCGCUGGAGGAGGGUGCAAUCUAGUAGUACAUUGGGGUCAAUUACAUAUGGCUGGCUGGGGCGAUUCAAGAUUAAACCAGCCCGUACAAGAAUAGUAGGGUGGGAGGGUACAUUGGGUUAAUUACACAGCAAAAUGACAGAUCAAGUUUGCUUGAGAGGAGGGUACAUUGGGUUAAACCAGUCCGUACAAGUUUUACUGUGAAGAAUACUGGCCUUUUUUAUAUGAGAGGAUUAGUGGCUUGCAGAGUUAUUUUUUUCUUAGCAAAUUGUGUUUGCACACUAGGUGGAAGAUUUACCUGAUGUAAAUGUAUGUAUGCAUGUCUGUUUUGCAGAGCUAGUACUGUACCAUUUGUUCAUUGAUGAAUCUUCAGAGUUGUUCUUCUGCGUGCUCACACAAUAAACGUGAGACCAAAUAUUAGAUGUU